AUGACACUCAGUGAAGAGCCAGAGUCCAUCGCACGGGAGAAUUCACGCAUGUCGUUGUUAAACACCGUCUCACCGGACGCUGCUGCUGCUGCUGCUGCUGCCGCCGCAAAGAAAGGCUACGCAGAGGGGAGUGAAGCCGCGGAGCGCCGGGGCGGGAAUCCCAGAGACGCCGGGGCGAGUGACCACGAUGCGCACAGCGACGGCUCACUCACCGCGGAGGGAAGGCCCGGUCACCCCAAGGCCACUGACACGUCGCUGAUGGAGAUGAACGCCAAGACGGCGCCGAGCCGCGUCAAGCUGAUGGCCGCUCUGAUGUACGGCGUGAUGUCGAUUGGCAUCAUGAUGCUCACCAAAGCCAUCCUCACUGAAUUUGACUUUCGCUGCUUCGUAUUCGUCGGAUUCCUCCAGUACCUUACGACGGCGGUGAUUCUGUUGCUGCGGCGGUUCCGCGGCAACAUUAGUUUCCCGCUGCGCAAUGCCUUUCGCAUUCUCUUCGUGGACCUCUUCCCGCUUCCGAUGGUCUUCAUGUUCAACACCCUCAGCGGGCUCGGGGCGACGCAGUCGCUAAACAUGCCGCUCUUCGUGCUGAUGCGUCGCCUAUCGAUUGCCAUGACGCUCUUCGGCGAGGCGGUGUUCCUGCGCUACAGGCACGACUGGGAGACACGUACGGCGGUGGGGCUGAUGAUUCUCGGCGCCCUCGUCGCCACGAGCUUCAACAUGCAGGCGCCGCUGAGUGGCAUUGUCUUUGUGCUCGUGAACGAUGUUUGCACGGCGCUGAACGGCGUGCUGACGCGGUGGCGUCUCGACGAGAAUAAGUUGUGCUCGGAGGGCAUCAUGUUCUACACCAACGCCUUUGCGGCGUUCUUCUCUGGCGCGAUGCUGCUCUGCGACGUGCGCGGCGAGCUGACGGAGAUGCGCCGCUACGAGGGCUGGACGCUGCCCUUCAUGCUGAUGCUUGCGCUCAACGCGGUGUCGGGCUUCGGCAUCAACUUCUUCACGUACCUCUGCAUGAAGCUGAACUCCCCACUCACCGUCUCGAUGAUUGGCGCGGCGAAGAACGUCGUGACGUCGUACAUCGGCAUGGCGUUUAGCGACUACACCUUCGCCAUGCCGUCCUUCGUGGGCGUCAACCUCUCGGUGGUCGGAUGCAUCCUCUACAGCCACCGCGAGUUUGUCCGCAUGGUGCAGCGGCAGGAGGACGACACACAGCAGCAACGCGCCGCACGGAAGGAGGACCCAUAA